CUUUGAUUUGGGAACGAAACAAGUUCGAGUGAAUAUCAACGCGUUACCGCGCACAGGUGACGUGUGCAAUGCCAUCGGUUUUGGCCGAAUUUAAAGAUCAAACAUGAAUUAGUUUUGGGUGAAGAAAUAUAGCACCAGUGUGGAUACGAUGAGCUCCUUUAGUCCGGCACAAAAAUGGGACGGAACGAUGGCCCUGAUUGGCGGGUUCUCCCUUCAUUUAACUUUGGGGACCUUAUACUGCUUUGGCAAUCUCAACACAUACAUGUGUUCGUAUCUCCGAAGAUAUGUGCAUCCUGGUAUUGGUUACAGUGACAUGAUCUGGAUCCCUGCUUUAGCCACGGUGGGACAGGGCACAUUCAUGACCUUCAGUGGUUAUUUGGAAGAGCGAAUCGGCGUUCGAUUUACAAUAUUAACGGGGGCCAGUAUCAUGACAGCCGGUGUUUACUUAACCUACUUUGCCAUUCAGUUCUCUGUAUUCCUCACUGUCAUCACUUAUGGCUUCAUGUUUGGGUUGGGCACCGCGCUAUCAUACGCCCCGCCCAUGGGUGUAGCCAUGAGAUGGUUUCCUAGGCACAAAGGCUUAGUGAAUGGUGUCAUCGUUGGUGGAUUCGGACUCGGGGCUUUCGUUUUCAACCAGAUCCAAUCCUCCUACUUAAAUCCUUCCAAUAAGGCCUUAGAUCCGGAUGGUUAUUUUUCGGACGAGGCCAUUCUUAAUCGUGUCCCGUCUGUUUUUCUGCUGCUUGGGAGCAUUUACGGAGUUGUUCAGCUUUUGGCAAUCUUCUUGAUUAACUCACCAAAUCGAACCGAAGAAGCUUCCAUGGUUCCUUUGGUAGUGAGUGCCGUGGAUAAUGACGAUGAUGAGUGCAUUUUUGGUGAGGAUGAAGAGCUGCUUCAAGUCACGGAUGAGCUCAAUCAAAGCGCCCAAUCCAUGUCAAGUGUCAAUCUAUCGCAAACUAGCAAUUCCAGCGCCAAUCACUCCGAUGGUGGCGAUAACCUGCGACCUGGCCAAGUACUUCGGACAAGCGAGUUCUGGAUCCUCUGGGCCACGUUCUUGUGCAAUACCCAGGCAAUCAGUUACAUCAACACCAUGUACAAGGCUUACGGUCAGAGCUUCAUCCAAGACGAUCAUUUCUUGGCGUUCGUCGGUGCAUUUGCGGCCAUUUUCAACGCGUCCGGACGUAUUUUUUGGGGUCAUCUGAGUGACAACUUUGGACAUCGGGUGUGCAUUAUGAUUUCCACCAUGGGCUUGGCCAUUUUGUUUUCCACGCUUUAUUUCAUUCAAAUUGGGGGUAAAGCCCUCUUUGCCACCUGGAUUUGGGCCAUCUUCUUCGCUUUCUGUGCCAAUUUUGUCCUCCUUCCCACGGCCACAGCCCAAUGCUUUGGGACUAAGUAUUCGAGCAAAAACUACGGUCUAGUGAUGACAGGUCAAGCUGUUUCCGCUCCACUCACGGCUGUUUUAACACAAAUGCUACAUCCAGUUCUCGGAUGGUUUGGGAUGUUCACUAUAAUCGCUUGUUUUGCGUUGAUUUGCACUCUCAUCAACAGCCGAUUCCCACCCUAUCCCACACCACGGGCCAUUCUUCGCAAAUUAGAAAUGCCGACUGCACAGUUGUAAUUUAAUAAUGUGCCAAUUGCCCUCUUUCUAAGGCUAUUCAAGACAUUCCUCUACUGUAAACCAAACAUUCCAGUGAAACAUCUAGUCAGUAUUACACGUUCCCGCACUUCAUGUUGCUUGUUCACCCUUCUUUGAAUUUCGGACUUGAAUAAAAAGCGAAAUGAGUUGGA